CGCCCAGCGUGGCCACGUGACGAGGGAGGGGCGGGUUGCGGAGAACGCUUCGCUUUCCCCCCGGGGCAAUUUCUUGACCACCUUCCAGGGUCUCCCAGCUGGGCGCCGCUCAAAGGCUCCCCUGGCCGAAAGCAGGGGACCCGCCCGCCCCGGCGCCGCCUCCGCCUCGGCCGCGCUCUGUCACGUGCGGAGGGGCCGCGGUGAAGGAGAAAGGGAGGGCCGGGGCGGGCCGAGGCGAACGGGGCGGGGACUCGCGGUGUCCUGGGGAGGCUCUUAGGGCUGGGCCCGUUCUGGAGGUGCGGACGCUCGCUGUCGCUGCUGCCGCCGCCUCGGCCUCAGCUGCCUCUGCUGGCCGUCACCAUGAACCAGGACCUGCAGAAGGAGCGGGCCGCCGCCAGCUUCAACCCGGAGCUGCUCACGCACGUCCUGGACGGCAGCCCUGAGAACACCCGGCGCCGUCGAGAGAUCGAGAACCUGAUUCUGAAAGACCCAGACUUCCAGCAUGAGGACUUGAAUUUCCUCAGUCGUAGCCAGCGUUACGAGGUGGCUGUUAGGAAGAGUGCUACCAUGGUGGAGAAGAUGAGGAAGUUUAACAUCGCAGACCCUGCUGAAAUCAUGUGGUUUAAAAACCUUGUGCACCGAGGGCAGUCUGGGCCUCUGGAUCUUCACUUGGGCAUGUUCCUGCCCACCUUGCUUCACCAGGCAACCGAGGAACAGCAGGAACGCUUCUUCGUGCCCACCUGGAACUUGGAGAUCAUUGGCACUUAUGCCCAGACAGAGAUGGGUCAUGGAACUCAUCUUCGAGGCUUGGAAACCACAGCCACUUAUGACCCUGAAACCCAGGAGUUCAUUCUUAAUAGUCCUACUGUGACCUCCAUCAAGUGGUGGCCUGGUGGGCUUGGAAAGACUUCAAAUCAUGCAAUAGUACUCGCCCAACUCAUCACUCAGGGGAAAUGCUAUGGAUUACAUGCCUUCAUUGUACCUAUUCGUGAACUUGGGACGCAUAAGCCUUUACCAGGUAUUACUGUUGGAGACAUUGGCCCCAAAUUUGGCUAUGAUGAGAUGGAUAACGGCUACCUGAAGAUGGACAAUUAUCGCAUUCCCAGGGAAAACAUGCUGAUGAAGCACGCUCAGGUGAAGCCUGAUGGCACAUACGUGAAACCCCUGAGUAACAAGCUGACCUACGGGACCAUGGUGUUUAUCAGGUCCUUCCUUGUGGGAGAAUCCGCUCGGUGUCUGUCUAAGGCAUGCACCAUUGCCAUCCGCUACAGUGCCGUGAGGCAUCAGUCUGAAAUCAAGCCAGGUGAACCAGAACCACAGAUUUUGGAUUAUCAAACCCAGCAGUAUAAACUCUUUCCCCUCCUGGCCACUGCCUAUGCCUUCCAGUUUGUAGGCGCAUACAUGAAGGAGACCUAUCAUCGGAUUAAUGAAGACAUCAGCCAAGGGGACCUGAGUGAGCUGCCUGAGCUUCACGCCCUCACUGCCGGGCUGAAGGCUUUCACGUCCUGGACGACUAACACUGGUAUUGAAGCAUGUCGGAUGGCUUGUGGCGGGCAUGGCUAUUCUCACUGCAGUGGACUUCCAAAUAUUUAUGUCAAUUUUACCCCAACCUGCACCUUCGAGGGAGAAAACACUGUCAUGAUGCUACAGACGGCCCGGUUCCUGAUGAAAAGUUAUGACCAGGUGCACUCAGGCAAGUUGGUGUGUGGCAUGGUGUCCUACUUGAAUGACCUGCCCAGCCAGCACAUCCAGCCACAGCAGGUGGCCGUCUGGCCAACCGUGGUGGAUAUCAACAGCCCUGACAGCCUGACAGAAGCGUACAAGCUUCGUGCGGCCAGAUUAGUAGAAAUUGCUGCGAAAAACCUUCAAACUGAAGUGAUUCACAGAAAAAGCAAGGAGGUAGCAUGGAACCUAACUUCCGUUGACCUCGUUCAAGCAAGUGAGGCACAUUGCCACUAUGUGGCAGUUAAGCUCUUUUCAGAAAAACUCCUCCAAAUUCAAGAGAAAUCCAUCCAAGCCGUCUUAAGGAAUUUGUGUCUCUUGUAUUGUCUGUAUGGAAUCAGUCGGAACGCAGGGGAUUUUCUUCAGGGGAGCAUCAUGACAGAGUCUCAAAUCACCCAAGUGAACGAGCGCGUAAAGGAGUUACUGACUGUGAUUCGCCCUGACGCUGUUGCUCUGGUUGAUGCAUUUGAUUUUCAGGAUGUGACACUGGGCUCUGUGCUUGGCCGCUAUGAUGGGAAUGUGUACGAAAACUUGUUUGAAUGGGCCAAGAAAUCCCCAUUGAACAACACAGAGGUCCAUGAAUCUUACUACAAGCACCUAAAGUCACUGCAGUCCAAGCUCUGAAGUGUCUUGAGGACAAGUUCAAUCUCCCGAAAGUAACUGUACUCUACUCCCCUUAUACCUGUCACACAAAUUCGUGUGGAAUCUGUAUCAAAUUUAGAAAAGCUAGAGCAAAUGAUAAAUUGACCCUUUUCUCUUUUUAUAAAUGAAAAAAAAAAAGAACAGAUUUGAGAUUAAAGGAAAAAAACAGUUGUGUUUUACAAGUGCAAUUAACACUGAAAGAGACCUGUUAAGCGUUCAGAAAAAGCUUUAAGAAAUGCCGUGUGACUUCCAUCUGCAACACUGAUCCCAGGAGGCCGGGACUGUUGAUAAUUCGUAGAAUUUAACUACUAAGUAGUUAAUUAUUUUCACAUCUUAAUUGCUAAUCACUGGAUAUGCAAGUGUUUUUAAGCAAAGGUAUUUUUUAAGUGGGGGUAGAACCCUUCCAAGCUUUCCUGCUAAUUGUCCUACCACUCCUGCCGUGGGCGCUGGCUAGAAAGCAGGACUGAAGAAGAGGGAUUGGGGAAAGAAACUAAUCAGGAAACUGUGUGUGUGUGUGUGUGUGUGUGUGUGUGUGUGUGUGUGUGUGUGUGUGUGUGUG